AUGGACAAAUGGGAUAUACCGCAAUUUAAAUUUAGAUCGAUACCAAACAGCAUCAUUCGGGAUGAAUGGCAAAAGUAUAAACGAAACUUUGGAUAUAUAGCAGCAGCCAAUGAGGAAAAGGAUAAAACCCGACUAAAGAACAUUUUCUUAGCUCGAGCUGGGCCUGACGUGCAAGAGAUUUUCUGUACGUUACCAGGAGCUGACGUUAACGAGAAUAAUGAAAACAAUAUUGAUCCAUUUCAAAUCGUAAUCGAAAAGCUUGAUGAGUAUUUUUCCCCCAAGCAACACGCUGCCUUCGAAAGGAAUUCUUAUUGGAAUUUGAAACCGAUAGAAAAUGAGUCCAUGAAAAAAUUUUUGUGGCGUUCACUCGAGGUAGCUCGAAAGUGUGAUUUCGGGAGCACAUUAGAAGAGAGUCGUAAUAUCGCUGUUGUUGACAAAAUAAUUUUGUUUUCACCACCGGAGCUGAAGGAGAAGCUGUUACAAAAAGAAAAUUUGACAUUAGAGGAUUUAACUCGAAUGGUCAGUUCGUACGAAGCUGUGAAGUACCAAUCAAAGCAGAUGAACACAGCUAUCGCAUCAUCGAGUGUAGAUCGUAAAACAUCUAGUUAUUGGCCAGGAAAUAGUGUGGAUAUUUGCAAGGUCCAAGGUUCGUCGAAAAACGCAACUGGUGAAUGUUACCGAUGCGGGCAUAAGAAUCAUUACGGAAAUGACCCUAAGUGUCCUGCUAGAGAUCAGAAGUGCAACAAAUGUAGUAAAAUCGGUCAUUUUUCUAAAAGGUGCCGUACUGUUGAGCGAAUAACAUUCCCUCAGAAACGAAACACGAAUAACCCUAUCGAGUGGCGGCCGAAGAAAUCGAAACCAAAUAGCAUUAUGCGAGUUCAAGACAACAAUAGCGAGGAGCAGAUACCAACACCUAAUUUUAUUUUCAAUAUUGGGAAUGGUGACGAGUUUCUUUGGGUAAAAGUUGGAGGAGUAUUGAUCCAAAUGUUGAUUGAUUCGGGAAGUGCCAAAAAUAUUAUUGAUGACAGGACAUGGGCUUACAUGCAAAUCCAUGGAGCAAGGAUUGACAAUUUUCGCAAAGAAACGGAUCAAAUUUUCCGUGCUUAUGGUCGCGAUUCAAAACCAUUGACUGUAGGUGGAAUGUUUGAGGCGGUUAUUGCUAUUGAGGAUGCCGACAAGCGAAUUGAAGCACACGACAUUGUUUAUACCCAUCGCCACCAUCAUGGCCACCAUCUCACGCGUAUUGAAGAUAAAUUAACUACACUACUGACUACGGAUAUAAUUGAGCCAGUUACUGGAGUCAGCGAGUGGGUAUCACCGCUAGUCACGAUCGUGAAGGAUAACGAGGAUCUUCGUCUAUGCGUAGAUAUGCGGCGCGCUAAUCAAGCCAUACGACGAGAACACCAUAUGAUGCCAACUAUCGAAGAUUUUUUACCUCGUCUAAAAGCCGCAAUAUUCUUCAGUCGGCUUGAUAUUAAGGAGUCUUAUUACCAAGUAGAGCUCGAGGAAGAUUGCAGAGACAUAACGACAUUCAUCACCCAUAAAGGACUUUAUCGUUUCAAGCGGUUGAUGUUCGGCGUUAGCUGUGCGCCUGAAAUGUUCCAGAAGACCUUAGAGCAGAUCCUAGCAGGUUGUGAAAAUACAAUUAAUUAUAUCGACGACAUUGUCAUUUUUGGUAAGACAGAAGAAGAGCACGACAGAGCGUUGGGGCAGGUUUUAGAAACUCUUAAAGAAAAAGAAGUACUGUUGAACCACACAAAAUGUAUUUUCAAGACGACGGAGAUUGAGUUUUUAGGACACGUCAUCUCUGAAGAAGGCAUACGACCAACUGCCAGCAAAGUGGAAGCGCUACAAAGGUUUCGAGCGCCGAAGACUGCCGAGGAGGUCCGCAGUUUUCUUGGAUUGGUGACAUACGUCGGACGAUUUUUACCGGACUUAGCCACAGCAACCGCUCAAUUACGAGAAUUGACGCAAUCCGGAAACAAACUUACAACAACGUUCAAUCCAACGAAGUUCAAGGUACUUAAUCAUUCUGGAGCACGGCUUACAAUUGAGGACCAAGACAAUGGAAGAGUCUUCGAUCGAAAUGUGGCUCACGUGAAGAAGAUAAGUGAUCAAAACGGAUCACCAGGAAACAUGCAAGACCAAAAUGAGGAUCCUCAAAUGUUCGUGGAACCAAGCUCGGAGGACGAUGAAGACAAACAAGGAUUUCAAGGUUUUGAUCUAGAGGACCAACAGAAAGAUAUCUCUCCAGGGCAGCAGGAACGUCGUGUUCGUCGGAUUCCGGAUAAAUUUAAAGAUUUUGUGUUGUGA